AUGGACCAUCCAUACGACUGUGGCAUCCCUUCUGGCAACCUUCAGGACGGCUGGAUUGUUCCUGCAGACCAAGUGCCGGGGAAUCGGGAGGUUGGCCCUCGAGAUCACCACAUCGCCUACCUUCUCCGCAAAAGUGUCCAGACUCCGGGGCUGCUCCGUCACCAACAUGGGGCCGGUGGGUUGGCCACAAACUUCCCGCCAUUGACAGUCCACACGGACCAGCCGGUCAAUUCUGGUGUCUCCACGUCUUUGCGCGACAGAGAACAAUUCUAG